GAUGUGUAGCGUUAUAUCAAAUGAUUCCUUACAAGAAAAUGGUUUUCUGCCUCCUCUUCUUUCAAAUCAUGGCGCUCAGCUUCUAUUGCUUUUCUACAGUUACUCAGCUGCCACAAUCAGCAGCGUUUCUUCAGCAGUAUCAUAGCCAUGGACAAGUUCAACGACGACCACCACCAUCACCACCCGCAGAAUAUAUUUUAGCUUUGCAAUGGGGAUACACCGUCUGCGGCGGCUACCCAAUAUGCAGCCAAAUGUAUCUCGUGCCAGAUUUUACGGUUCAUUGGUUAUGGUUGGAACCCCAACCGAACCCAGCGGGUUGCAAAGGACAAGCUUUUGAUGACAGAUUGUUAGUGAGUCUUGUGAAUGAUUUGAACUUGUACUGGAUGAAUGCUGAAAACGGGGAUAACAUCGGAUUUUGGCGCCAUGAGUAUAAUGCACACGGCAUUUGUGAUAACGGAACGUGGUUGAUUUCUUCAGAAAAGUUCUUGAUAUCUACAUGAGGACAAACUUCGGGUUGCAAUUAGAAACCAUAAUCCGGAACGAAUACAAUCUUUUGCAAACAAGUGUUAAACAACAAGUACUCCAUUCGAGCUUAAUGAGAGUUAUAAAUAGGAGAUUUGCUAUGAUGU